AUGCCAUUGAACACUCUAAGACUACUUUGUGCUUUGGCGCUUACUUCUUGGGCAUCUGCUAGCCCUGCAGCGCUUCCUCGCCAACUAACCUAUCGCGACUCUGGAAACUACCAAUUCAACCCAACCUCUCGUAACCUUGCAGUCUACUAUGGCAAGGCGCAAAACACUGACAGCCCUUCCUUGUACGAUUUGUGUACCAACAGUAAUGUUGACAUGAUCGUCAUGGGAUUCGUACGCCAGCUCAAUGGACCUACUGCCCUUCCAUCAUUCGGAUUUACCAGAUAUUGCAAGACUCCAGCCACAGUCACGGACAAGACUAGAGUUUCUUGUCCGGAUAUGGCUGCCAACAUCACAUUCUGUCAGAAUAUGGGCAAGAAAGUGCUCAUCAGUCUGGGUGGAUCGGUCAGCAACUUGACUCUUGACAGUGUCAGUGACGCUCAUGAAGCCGCGAGCAUUCUCUGGAACGUGUUUGGCGCUGGAGCCAACUCAACAGCGCUGAGACCAUUUGGAAAUGUAGCCAUCGAUGGCUUUGAUUUCGACUUUGAGUCUGGGGCUGACACAACUCACAUGGAUACCCUGGCAUCUUCCCUACAGUCUUACUUCAGAUCGUCAUCGCCAGAACGCUAUAUCAGUGCAGCUCCAUUGUGCGCCAACAACACAAUCCUGCCCUACGGUCUCUACGCCAACGCCAACUUCGUCUGGCCUCGCUUCUACAACGCAAAAGCAUGCUGCUUUGGUAGCAAAGGUUUCAACAAGUCCGUCAGCACCUGGUAUAACUACCUGAACUCGAUCAACAGCGACUUGGGACCAACAUACCCACGAGUCUAUCUUGGUGGACUGAGCUUCAAUAACAGCAACUCUGGUUUCAUGGAGCCGGACGCUUUUGUCAAUGCUACUUUCACUGGGAGGAGGCUUGUUCAGAGCAAGUUCGGUGGUGUCAGUUUAUGGGAAGGUACGGAUGGGUUGGUCACCAAGAACGCUCAAGGCAGAGACUUCUUGAACGUCACUAAGGCUGGUCUUCUUGGAGAUAUUUGA